AAAGGGCUUGUCCCAGUCAGCUCUGCCUUACAGGCGCAGUGUUCCCACUUGGCUGAAGCUCACAUCUGAUGAUGUCAAAGAGCAGAUCUUCAAGCUGGCCAAAAAGGGUCUGACCCCCUCUCAGAUUGGUGUGAUUCUGAGGGACUCCCAUGGUGUGGCCCAGGUACGUUUCGUCACUGGCAACAAGAUCCUGAGGAUCCUGAAGUCCAAGGGUCUGGCCCCUGACCUGCCCGAGGAUCUCUAUCACCUCAUCAAGAAGGCUGUGGCAGUCAGGAAGCAUCUGGAGAGGAACAGAAAGGACAAGGAUGCCAAGUUCCGCCUGAUUCUCAUUGAGAGCAGGAUCCACAGGCUGGCCCGUUACUACAAGACCAAGAGAGUACUGGCCCCCAACUGGAAGUAUGAGUCCUCUACAGCUUCUGCUCUGGUGGCAUAAACUACACUUUUUGGAUUAAUAAAACGAUUUAAAUUGGA